GAGAUGGAAAGCACUCCAAGCUGUCUUGUAACGCACUGGGCAAGUGAGGUGCUCGGGACAAGAGGUGAAAAGAUCUAAGAGAAUUAGGGAAACACCCUCUGAGCGAAGGGUGGAGUUGAGAGGUGUGGUUGAAGAAUGAAUGCCGAGGACCCGCUCCAAGCACACGCACACAAAUAGCAGGCAGGGGCACGAUUCGGCUGCAGAUACGCCAUGGCUUUCAGUUGGCUUCGGGCUUGGCAGGUUGGUCAGAGCAGGCUAAUGCCAUUGGCUGCCUGUUGAACAGACGGAACCCCUGAGAACUCGCACAAAACCACGACCGAGCCGCGACUCCCAGACAAGAUCAAGUCCCAGAUGAGGAGGGGCAGGAUCCGCACUGACCAUCCAAGCGCUGGGGAAACCUCAUUCAACAUAUGUGCAGUGCGGAGAGGAUUCCAUUAAAACACCAGCCUGACCUUAAAUGCUUUAUGACUUUUUUUAUUACUAUUAUUCUGCCUACUGAAUACAGUUCCAAUAGAUUUUUUUUCAUUCUGGAUUUUUCUCUAAAGAUUUAUACAAAUAAAUACAGCGUUUUCAUUGAUUUCGUGUAAGUUGCUAUGCAGAAGUGACUUUUGUAGUUUCCUAUCAUAAAAGGUGUAUUGUUUAGUGGACCUGUGACUUCUUUCUCUCAGUUUGAGGGAGAUAUUUUUUUCGAACUACUUGGUGUGUCGGAAUGGCAGAGUGUCGCCCCUGGCUUGUGCUGUGGGUGGGCUGCUGCGGCUGCCUGUGCCUGGCUCUCGGAGAACUGCUGAAGGAUGGGCUGCUUGGAGUUGGCAUGGGAACAGGUGAUGCUGCCCGGCAUGAAGAAGCUGCGUUCCCCCUGAGGGAUACGGUGUCCGAGCACAUGCUGAGGCUAUAUGAUAAAUACAGAAGUGGCGGCGCUAGGGCUAGGGAGUCACUAAGGCACCGGCAACCUCUCCCGGACGGCAAUACAGUAAGGAGCUUCAGAGCAAUGGAUGGGGAUGAACAUAAAAAAUGCCACCAUAUGUUCAACUUGACUUCCCUAACAUCCUCUGAAAACAUUCUUUCAGCCACAUUGCAUUAUUAUCUGGGGGAUCUUCUAAACUCCAGCCACAGAUGUCCUCAUUCCCAGUUCUGCACUCAACAUGGGCAUGCAAAAACUGAAUUUACAUUAUUUUUAACAGUGUGGAGCUUCACUGCUCUUCAAAAUCCUGCUCACAUUAUUGGUCAUUUUCUCAUUAAUGUAUCAGCAUCUCAUCGGGACCUCCCACUUUGGCAGUGGAAGGAUAUAACUCAAGCUGUACGUAAGGCCAAAGAAUAUGGUGAGGCUGUCCUUGGAUUCAAUUUGACAAUAGAACUUCCAAAUCAUAGAAGCGUAGAGGUUUUAGGACUUAAACCUUAUAUAUUGGUUUAUGCUAAUGACUCUGCAAUUUCAGAGCCUGACAGUGUUGUUUCCAGUUUGCAUGGGCCACAUACUCCUCUAACUCUCAAACCAAACCGGAAAAUAGAAAAAGCUGAACAAAGAAAAAAACGAUCUACAGACAUUCUUUUACCCUUACAAAACAACGAGCUCCCUGGUGCAGAAUACCAGUACAGUGUGGAUGAAGAGGGUUGGGAAGAAAGAAAACCCUACAAAACUUUUCAGGGACGUCAGAAUGAGAAGGAUAAAAAUAAGAAAAAGCUUAGGAAAAGCAACCGUCAGAAGAGCCAAACACUUCAGUUCGAUGAACAGACCUUGAAGAAAGCAAGAAGAAAGCAGUGGAACGAACCACGAAAUUGUGCACGGCGUUAUCUAAAAGUCGACUUUGCAGACAUUGGCUGGAGUGAAUGGAUUAUUUCCCCCAAAUCCUUUGAUGCAUAUUACUGCUCAGGUGCAUGCCAGUUUCCAAUGCCAAAGUCUUUAAAACCUUCGAAUCAUGCUACUAUCCAGAGCAUUGUAAGAGCGGUUGGUGUGGUACCUGGAAUACCUGAGCCGUGCUGUGUGCCAGAAAAAAUGUCUUCAUUAAGCAUCCUGUUCCUGGAUGAAAACAAAAAUGUUGUCCUUAAAGUUUAUCCCAACAUGACAGUGGAGUCUUGUGCCUGUAGAUGAUAUCUUCAAAUGCCUACUGAAAAAAGGGAAAAGGUGUUAAAAGCAAUCUUCAGUUUUGCACUUUUAGUAUAUCACAUGAAAAUGAAUUGUCAGUGGCAGACAAAACAUUAUAUAGCAAAAAAAAAAACACUGGUUUUUGGCCUCUGCUUAUAGACAAGGAGGGAAAUAUGGAACCGUGAUAUAAACAUGCCAGAAGCCAUACAGACAACAGAUAUUUCUCUUUUCAAGAUGACUGGAUUUUUAUUUUUCAAACCUCCAAAGAUGCACCUAUUUUUGUACCAGGAAAAAUUAACCUGUAGCUAUUGUUCUGUGCCUUCAGAAUUAUUGGUUUCUAGCUGGUGAAUCUAAUUUCAUAUAUAAAUGGCCAAACAUUUAUUUAAACGGCUGGUAUUUUUUUUCCACAAAUACCAAUGUCUGUUUCUAUACAAUGAACAGGAAAAUAAAUAUUUUCAUGCUUACACUGCAAGUUGUGCAUGCAAAGAAUUUUUUUUAAAUCUUAGUAAAUGUAUAUAAUCUGAAAAUAUACAAGUUUCUUAUCAAUACAAUAUGCAACAUUUCAGGUGUAAAUUAACUGUAAAAUAAACUGAUGAAUUGUCAAUGCUUUUUUUAAA